AUGACUAUAUCUGCAAGGAAAAGUAAAUUCUGCCUGAUCCCCAUCAGUUUGAUCACCAAAUCUUGUAUAGACAUACUAAAUCGAGUAAAAGUGCCCUUUCAUAAAUUAGAUAAUAUAGCUAAUUUAUUUAAAAGCUUAGGCUGCUCAAUCAGCAGGAAUUCCAUAAUUAUCUCUAAACAUUUGCAUCUUAAAAAAUUCAUAUCCAUACAGCCUAUUCCUAAAUAA